GAUUGCGGGCCCGCGGGGGAGCUGGAGCGCCGAGUCUGACGCGGAGCGAGGGGCUGAGGGGUGCAGGCGCCCCGAGCGCAGGCCGAUCCCCUGCCGCCCCGGGAACCAUGUGCUCCGACUCGGUCUGGGCCGCGGGGGAGGCUGCGCGCUUUGUGUGAACUGUUGGGAAUGCAGCGCGAGUGUGCCGCCCGGGGGAGUGUCGGGCCGGGCUGGGGGAGUUGUCAGAAAGUUCGUGCGGGAGUGGCUGCAGGUCGGCGUGGUGGAGUGUGUAUGUAGGAGGGUGCGCAGGCUGUUGUGUCGAGAGGGUGCUGCCCCAGGCCAGUUAGGGCUUGCCGAGGUCCAGCCUAGCCUCUAGACACCAUGUCAGACAGUGAUCUGGGCGAGGAUGAAGGUCUCCUCUCCCUGGCAGGCAAGAGGAAGCGCAGAGGGAACCUGCCCAAGGAGUCGGUGAAGAUCCUCCGGGACUGGCUGUACUUGCACCGCUACAAUGCCUACCCCUCAGAGCAGGAGAAGCUGAGUCUUUCUGGACAGACCAACCUGUCAGUGCUGCAGAUAUGUAACUGGUUUAUCAACGCCCGCCGACGGCUUCUCCCAGACAUGCUUCGGAAGGAUGGCAAAGAUCCCAACCAAUUCACCAUUUCGCGCCGCGGGGGUAAGGCCUCAGAUGUGGCCCUCCCCCGUGGCAGCAGCCCCUCGGUGCUGGCUGUGUCCGUACCAGCCCCCACCAAUGUGCUCUCCUUGUCUGUGUGCUCCGUGCCGCUCCACUCAGGCCAAGGGGAAAAGCCAGCAGCCUCCUUCCCACAAGGGGAGCUGGAGCCUCCCAAGCCCCUGGUGACCCCUGGCAGCACACUCACCCUGCUGACCAGGGCUGAAGCUGGAAGCCCCACAGGUGGACUCUUCAACACGCCACCACCCACACCCCCAGAGCAGGACAAGGAGGACUUCAGCAGCUUCCAGCUGCUGGUGGAGGUGGCGCUACAGAGGGCUGCUGAGAUGGAGCUCCAGAAACAGCAGGACCCAUCGCCCCCAUUACUGCACACUCCCAUCCCCUUAGUCUCUGAAAACCCCAAGUAGGCACCUGCCAGUAGGGGUGCUCGAGGCUCGAGCCAGCUGUCCUGGGUUUCCGUUCUGGUUCCCUUUCAUACAGAGGGUUUUCUUUGGAUCACUGCCAAACAUCAGGAUCAUCUCCUCUGUUCAGAGGUCUUCAGCAGGAAGACACCAGCUGGUGUCACUGCACUGUGAUGGGGACCUCUCCUCUGCUGACUCUGCCAUUUCUCCAGGCCUCCUCAGUGAUGAGACCAAGAGAUAUUGGAGACAGGCAUGGUGCUGCUGCUGCUGCUUCUCCAGAGAAUCCCCGGGACACCUUUGUCCCAGCCUGCUUUCCUGGGCUGGGCACAGGAAACCUGCCAAGUUCAGACCUAUGCUGGGUCCAGGUUGCCCCUGAGCUGGGCCUCUUUUUGUUAAGCCAAGUGUGGACAUUCCAAGUUCAUAAGUGUGAACAAAAGAAAAGAGGAACCCAGCACAUGUAACAGAACCGACUCCAGUUGAAUGUUUAGGUUUUCACUAAACUUUGUGUUUAUUUUUCCCUU